GCGCCCUUACCGUCCAGUCCCCAGACUGACCCACAUUUCCCCACAACCACGGCACGAUCCCACAAAGAAUACUCCUUAGUCACGCAAUUAUUGAAAAAGUAAUACCACUGUCAAAAACUCCUGUCACCUCUCAGUCAGUGUUUCAACCGCAAACUGUCUUUGUGUAUUACUUUUACUUUCAUUUGGAUAAUUUUUUAGUUUAUUUUUGUUUGUACUUUCUUUGACAUCAUGUUUGUUUGAAGGAGGAAAGAAAAUUUAUUUUUUAACUGUUGCUCUGGAUUCUUCUUGUUCGGGUGGUAGAAGAAUCGGUUCCAAAAUUCUUAACAUCAUCUCAAAAUUUAAUCAAAAUGAACUCGCUCAUCGGAAUCAACCCGAAAAAUCCCAGUUGGGACUUGAACAAAAGUAAAUGCGGAGUUAAUUCUACAAGUAAAUUUACAAGUCAUGGCGUCGUCUGUACUUAUGAAGAAAUCGAUGAGCUUCCAUUCAUGGCUUCCCUUGGACCAGUUCUCACCAUCCUGGCAGUCUACUUAGUCUUCGUCCUGAAGAUAGGACCAGCUUUCAUGAGAAAACGAGAGGGAUACAGGCUAACAUACACGCUACUUAUCUACAAUGCUAUCCAAGUGGCUUUCUCUGUCUAUAUGGUUUAUAGGUUCCUGCUAGACUUACUUGACAUGGGUUUGGUUCCAAAGAAGUGUUACAUGAAUGAAGAUAGUUCAAGGAAUAGAAUCCUUUUGGGCACGUACCUGUAUUUAGCAGCAAAGCUAACAGAACUUUUAGAUACCGUAUUUUUUGUUCUAAGAAAGAAGAACAAUCAGAUUACUUUUCUACAUCUAUACCAUCACACUGUCAUGGUGAUUGGCACAUGGGUUUUGCUCAAAUAUUGGCCGUCACACACACUGAUAUUCAUCGGAUUCCUGAAUUCGUUGGUGCAUGUAUUUAUGUACACUUAUUAUGGAUUGGCUGCUUUAGGCCCAAAUGUGGCCAAAUAUUUGUGGUGGAAGAAAUACAUGACCAAGUUUCAGCUGAUCCAGUUUGUAUCAAUCAUCAUUCAAUACAUAGCAACUGUGCGAGUGUCAGACUGUCCACCAGCUAGAGGUGUGGCCAUAUUUGUGUCUUGCAAUACCGGAGUCAUUCUCCUACUUUUCCUCAACUUCUACCGUCAGAACUACAAUAAGAAACGAGGUGGCAUCGUCACCAAUGAGUCCCUACCAUCGCUGUGCCUACCAAAAGAAGAAUAGUGCAAUAUUAAAUUAAUAAGUGAUGAAAACGAUUUAUCUGUGAUGACAUGGACAUUUUUUUGGUUUCGAAAUUUCGAAAAAGGUUUGGGAAAUAACUUCAUAACUUUUUGAAAAUUUUAUUUCAUAGUUACUGUUGUAAAUAGUGUAUUAUUUAUUAGAUUUUUUAAAGUUUUAAAUAGAAUUGAAUAACACGUGUUUUUUUGGAUACUGAAUCGAGCUAAAAUUAUGGUUAGUUUCAUAAGAUUUUCUAGGCUGUGAUGAUUUAUCGAUUGAUUCUCUAUAGUUUUUUUAACUGUCUAUAGAACAUUGCCUUUGCUUCAUUGGUAAUUAAGAAAUCAUGUCAUCCUGCUUUUCAAUACUUUGUAGCACAAAACUGAAGAAUUGUAAAUGCACUUUGACUCAGUUGUCAGAGCAAAGGUCAGACAAAAUCUAUUUGUUUAAGUAUGUAUGUCGAUAAUAAAUACUAAUAUCGAUUCAUUUGAAUGUAUCUAAAUCCAAACAUACCUUCAAAUUUAACUCGUGUGAUGUUAACGGCCUUUGUUAUGUUUAUAUCUAUUUUGUUAUAAAUCGUGCCUUAACAUGCUCAGCAGAAAUGCUGAAGAAAUUUUACUAGAAGUAUCAAUGGAUAAUAAUGUUAUUAAACUUAAAUUAUUGAGUAAAUAAUUUAAUGUAGGUACUUUUAGAAACAAACUCGAGAGUAGAAAGUCCCAAUACAAAUGUUAUUCACGUUUUUAUGGAGGCAUUUUUACCCACAAAUUGAUUAGCACCUAAAUAUUAUGAUGUUUAUUUAUUAUAAACCACAAUAUAUGUAUAGUUUUUCAGACCUGAUUAUGAUAAUAUACUUUAAGGCAUUCAAAUGAAAUUCUUACUUUCUUCGAAGUCCUACCAAACAUUAUUUAUUUUCGAUUUUUAUCCUAUCCAGACAUUUACUUCAACACAAUCACAUUAUUUUGUAUUUCAAUUUCAUAGUCAAAUAUGAAUUUCAAUUUAUUUCUGAAAUCUGUGCCUUUGUAAUGAAAAAUAAGUAACGAAUUUUGAUAUAAUAAUAACAAUAUGUUUAUAUUAAACACUUUAUGUUUCGAAAUUACGUUUAUGAAUAAACAAUAACUGUAUUAGUUAUUCAAAUAUUGAAAUAAACCUAUUUUAACUAAUUAUUAAAACUAAAAGCUUGUGUC